UGAAGUGGGAGUGACAAAUGAUCGGGGCAAGAGUCACUUAUAGCGUAAAAUGCCCAGCCUUAAAGUGUACAGCUUGAAGUCCCUUCUGUCCAAUUGUUGUGUCUCGUCAAGACAAGUAUUUGUCUCUAGAAGUUUCUCCAGCAUCAACAUAAACCCGCAUCCAAUCACAUUUGAGAGGCUGCUGAGUGAUGAAAACAAAAGACGAGCCCAGGAGAGACUAGUGACUGUGGAGCCAGUUAGGACAGCUAAGGAUUAUGAUCUGAAGUCUGGCCACUCUACAGCUGCCGUCCUGGUGCCACUCUGUACGGUCCACAAUGAGCCCUCCCUGAUUUUAACACUGCGCUCAACCAAAUUAAAGAAACAUCGCGGCCAGGUAAGUUUCCCAGGAGGCAACACAGAUAAAAAUGACAAGGACUUCAUUGCAACAGCGCUGAGAGAAACACAAGAGGAACUUGGGUUGGAUCCUGCGACCUUUGACAUCUGGGGUCAGAUGAAAAGCUUACCAGGCUCAGGAGGCAACAAGGUCGUGUACCCCAUCCUAGCCUGUACGGGUGAAGUUGACCCCAGUCAAAUGCCCAUCAACCACGACGAGGUGGAGGAAGCAUUCUGUGUGUCCAUCCGCCACCUGUGUGACCACCAACACAUAGGUCAGACAUUUUUCCGCGAGGGUUCUGGCUACACGCUGCCAGUCUACACUGGGGCUACACAUCGCAUCUGGGGCCUGACCGCGGUCAUCGUACACCAGGCCCUCAGUAUCAUAGCACCUGGACUGUACACGUACAAGGUCAGACACAGGAAGCCUUUAUACCAGCUCAAGUAGGACAUAACCCCCCACAUCUAUAGCUCCAAGCCUUUAUACCAGCUCAAGUAGGACAUAAUCCCCUUUAUACCAGCUCAAGUAGGACAUAAUCCCCUUUAUACCAGCUCAAGUAGGACAUAAUCCCCUUUAUACCAGCUCAAGUAGGACAUAAUCCCCUUUAUACCAGCUCAAGUAGGACAUAAUCCCCUUUAUACCAGCUCAAGUAGGACAUAAUCCCCUUUAUACCAGCUCAAGUAGGACAUAAUCCCCCACAUAUGUAGCACCAAGAUGUAAUCUGAGAGAAACAUUGGCCUUCAGGCCACACAUAACAUUACAACUAAAUAAUUGAUCUUUAGGCCUGUGUAAUUCCUUUUACAUUCUUUAAGAGUCAAUACUACAAUGGUAGAGUGGUGCCGACAUGAUGUCUUGUAAGUCUAGCAUUAAAUAUUCCAGAGAGCUGUCAUAGUGAUCUCUCUUUAUCAGUGGGAAACAACCUUUGCCCUUUAACCUCUGGUGACCUUACAAGUCGUAGGGGUUGAUAUUGUGAUAUGUAUUUAUAUAUUCGUUAAAGUAAAAUUGAUCUUAUAUUUUUAUAU